AUGGACCCAUUGAAGUAUCUCUUUGUGAAGCAUGCUUUGAGUGGAAGAUUUUUAAGAUGGUUGAUCUUAUUGGUAGAAUUCGAUUUGAAGUAUGUGGCUCGAAAAACUAUAAAAAGGAGUGCCAUGUUAGAUUUUUGUGCUGAGAAUCCUAUAGAGCAGGAAAAUGGUAAAGAAGAUUUUCCAGAUGAGGACAUUUUGGAUGUUAAGUUAGGGACAUGGAAGAUGUACUUUGAUGGAGCCGUAAACCAAUAUGGGAAUGGGAUAGGAAUACUCUUGAUCACUCCCAAGGGAUCUCACAUACCUUUGGAAAUCGAGUUAAACUUUGAUUCAACAAAUAACAUGGCUGAAUAUGAGACUUGUAUUGCUGGAAUGGAAGCUCUUCGAGUGUUAAGGGUAAAGGAGGCCAAAGUCUUUGGAGAUUUAACUUUGGUUAUAGCCCAAGCACAAAAGUUGUGGAAGGUGAAGGAGGAACACUUAAAGCCUUAUCAACAAUACUUGGAGGACUUGACCAAGACCUUUGACAAGAUUGAGUACAUAAUCAUCCCUAGAGCUCAAAAUCAAUUUGCAAAUGCCUUAGCUACCUUGGCCUCCAUGGCUGAAAUACCCAAGGGAGUGUGA